AACCGAACCAAUUUUGCAAAAAACCCUAAAAAUUACUAAUCCCCAAUCCAAACCUAGCUCAGUAGCUCUCUCUUCUCCAAAUCUCUCCCUCUGUGCGACCCACGUCCUUGAGUCUCCACACCUGCGAGGCUGCGACACCCACGUUCCUCCCAAGUCUCACCACCGCGAAGCCUUCCUCUUCGCGGACAGAGCAGAGAUCCUCCCAAGUCCCACCACCGCGAAGCCUUCCUUUUCAGGCCAGCACGCCACUACCCACUGACUCAACAGGGCAGAGCACCACGCCAGUGAGACGCCACGAACUAGCAGCGUUUCUGGGUUCCAGCCACGAUCAUCAGUUCAACCCAGCACCUCCCAGUCUCCCACAACACAGCAGCCACCGGUUGGCCCUCUUCCAGUGCUCUUCCUCCUUCCCAUCCACCUGACUUCAGGGUUAGGGUUUUUUUCCAAUUUCCCACUAUCAACAAUCCAAGACACUCGAUUGAACUCAGCAGCAACUAAAAUGGAAGAGCAAUCAGUAGUAAACGGCAUCGUUUCAGGUUCAAGCAGUUCCAGAACGACACAGGAGCUUGCAAUGGAAGGCCAGAAAUACCUCGAAGAAACCAUAGAGUACGCUUUUCAGAUCCUAUCUUCCAUGAACGACGAGCUCUGCAACCCCGUUUUGUGGUCCAUUGCUUCUCCGUCUGCAGCUUCCUCAGCUUCCCCGCUUCACCAUAACAACGGUCCUUCUUCUCACUCUUCCAACGGUGGCGCCGGAGAUGCUGCCUCCGAUAACUCCAACCACCAUGCUGAGAGUGGUGCCGUUGGUGGAGGAGCUGGCGCUGGUGGCGCACUCGAAGAGGCAAGGUUUCGCUAUAAGAACGCUAUUGCUUCCCUUCGAAACGUUCUCGAAGCAAUUCCCAAUUCUCAAAAGGCAAAAUCAUUUGACACUGGUUCAACUGAUAGUCCAAUGGAAUUGGAUGAUAUGGAAAUUGAGAAAUUGGAGGAGCGAGCCUCUUCUCUAAGAAAGGAGCUUGCCAACAAGAACAUGCACCUAAAGAUACUCAUUGAUCAACUGCGUGAUCUUCUCUCCGAUAUAUCAACGUGGCAAAGUCCUUAUUCAACCUGAAGAUUAGGAUGAACUCUUAAAUUUGAGGAUAGUAUCGUAAAAUGAAAACCUGAGUUCAGAGUACAGUAAAUGCAGGAUUUCUGGUCUCACGGAUCUCGUGUCAUUCUUUAGUGGAAUUCUUCAUUUUCCUCUAUCCUCAAAAACAAAAAUGCUAUGUGCAUAAAAAAAAUCAGCGAACAAAUUAGUCAUCAUAUAUUUUUGUAUAAAUACAUGUGAAUUUUAAUCCAGAAACUAUUAAAAUA